UUGUAGUUGUAGGAAGUGGUUAGGGUGCAGGUGAUGGUAGCGAAGACGCAGCGGGUAAGGUUACGCCAACACGUCUUAGCCGCUCUGAAUUCUGUAAUAAAAAACAAUUGAAAACCCAAAAAUGAAUUAAAUUAGUAACUUGCCGUUGAUGGACGUUAAAAAUAUAUUUAGUUUUAUCUGAAAUGCGCAAUCAUUUAAAAUCGGUGAAGUUUUAUUAAUAGAACGUAACCAGCCAAAAUUAUACACUCAAAUAGAGUGAUAACGUAUAAUCUACGUGAGGUAAUUUAGUUUACGUAAUACGUGUUCUAUAUUUGCAGUACGUGUAUUUUUUUGUGUGUCCUUAAACAGAACAUGGCAGUCUACGAAAUCAAAAAAUUACAAGAUCUUUUAGGAUCUGAAAUUGUCAGUGUUUCCACUACGAAUUUAACAUCCGCUGGAGACAACUACGCAAGUGCAAUUUUUUCAGUAGCCGUGACUAUCAAAGAUGGCCAAAAGGAAAAACAAAUUCGAGCCGUAGCAAAAAUGAUACCACAAAACGAACUGAUUCGGAAACUAUUCAACAGCGAGAGGACCUUUCGGAACGAAGUUGCUUACUAUGAAAAAAUAGCACCCUGUUUGACCAACUUCCAAAAAGAACACAAUCUCCCUGAUCUAUUUAGUUCAUACCCUGAUUUCUACGGUGCUAGGACAAGCCUAGACCCUUCCAAAGACACAAUCGACAACGACGCAAUCCUACUCAUCCAGAACAUCAAAGAAACGGGUUUUUGCACCCUUGAUCGAAAAAUCGGCUUCGACUUGGACCAAACUAAACUAAUCUUGGACAAAAUGGCGGAACUACACGCAACAGCCAUCGCUUUGAAAACCCAAAAACUGCAAGUGUUCGAACGAGAUUUGAGACGUUUUUUUGCGAAAUUCAACAUGUUUGAGGCGGAAGAUGACGAAAAUCAAAAAUUAAUCGACUCGAUCGUUGAUCUACUACAAGAAGACGAGUUUUGUGUUCGGAAUAUGAAAACAAUCAGAGCGAGACUUGAGUUCAGUUCCCGUGUCACCAAGACGAAAAAUUGCGAAAAGUUUCAGAAAACCCCGUUCGCGAGUAUCGUCCAUUGCGAUUUGUGGUCUAACAAUAUCAUGAUAAAGAUUGUUGAUGAUAAAGCCGUCGAUGUGAAAUUUGUCGAUUAUCAAAUGUAUGAGUAUUCGUCGUUGGUUAGAGAUGUGGUUUUCUUUUUGUUUACGAGUGUUCAGUUGCCGGUCCUUCAGAGGAAUUUCGAUGGGCUUGCGGGUUAUUAUUUCGAGAAAUUUGGUGAUUGGUUGAAGAAACUAGGGUGUGAUGCGUCGAUUUUUAAGUUCGAGGAGUUUUUGGAGGAGAUGGGGUCGGUCGUAAAAUGGGGUGAAUUUUACCAUAUCAUGUUGAUGUUGAAGCCGAUUUAUACCCUCGAUAAGGAUGCUAAGGAUGUGGAUAGUUUGAAGCAAGAUGACUUUAUGAAUAGUGGGGGAGAGUUGGCGGAAGGGUGCAAACCAAGGGCGUAUUUUAUUGUUAAAGAGUUGAUAAGAAGAGGUUGGCUUUAAAUAGAGAUUUUGUGUGAUUACUUAAUACUGGAGUAAAUAAAUUAUGUAAUUGUUGA